AUUUGUUUAACGCCCCUAACUCGACGGAUAGGUUCCAACUCGAAACUGUACAUUUCCAUAUUCAGUUCCAAUCGCGAUGGGUUCGAAGACGUCCACUUGGAUUCUAAUUAUCAUUUCGCUAAUGAAAAUUGUUUGCGGUCAAGAUAAAUUCAUCAAAUUCAUUUUAAUAAAAGACUUGGGGCAAGAGGAAUACACGCAAUACAUCGAGGAUAGUCUUAAGUCUAAUAAUGUGGACAAUAAAUAUGAUUUGAUUGUGUUAACUUUGGAUGAAAAUGCAGCAUUUGAACAACUUUGCAGUGGCUUCUCGCAAGGAGGAACCAUUAUUCUGGAUAUUUCCAUAACCGGUUACGAAGUUAUAAAGGAUAUAGCAGACGAAAUGAAUGUUCCGUAUGUCAAAUUAGAUCUGUCAAUUAGUCCUAUUUUGAGACUCCUGGAUAAAUACCUUGAUGCUAGAAAUUCUACCGAUGUCGCAUUGGUUUUCGAAGAUCCUAAAGAUGUUGACCAAGCUCUUUAUUAUUGGAUCGAUACAACACGCCUACGGAUGGUUAUCACUGAACAACUGGACCCAAUUUCAGCUAAAAGACUACGAGACAUGAGACCUAGUCCCAACAACUUGGCACUCUUAGCUUCGUCGGAGAACAUGAUGACUCUAUAUAAUCAAUUAGAAAAGGAAAAUCUGUUAAAGCUAGCUGAGCGCUGGAAUCUGGUGAUCACUGACUUCCAAAGGGAUCGAUUGGUCAAUAAAUUUAUUCCAUUCAUCAACCUAAUUUCACUCGAUAAGUCCAUGUGCUGCGGCUUGAUAAAAACACACAAUUGCGCUUGCAAGAGCUUCAAUGAUGCAGUAAAAAAUUUAGUUACGGUUACGAUUCAGUUGCUUUCCACUGUCCUCAACCGCAUGUCUAAAACCGAUUUAGAGAUUUCCAUUUCCUGCAAUGAAACAUUAUACGACAGAGAUGUAAGGGGAAGAAUUGAGAGAUCCUUGAACCAAUUGAUCAUGGAUGAGGAAUUUAUCAAUUACGAUCAAUCGGUUAUUGGUAUGAGGACAAAAGGCUUUAUAGAAAUUGUAGAUAGUAAUAGUAUACCAGUUGUGGUUGCCAAAUAUUUAGAAGGCGAUUCCUUAGAGAUCUUGAUUGAAGAUAAAAUAAAGCAAGUUAAACCGUUCUACAGGAUUGGAACCACUUAUGCUAUGCCCUGGAGUUUCCCGGAAAUUGAUCCCGAAACCGGACUCGAACGUUGGACUGGUUAUUGCUUGGACUUUGCUAAAAAACUUUCAGAAGUCAUGAACUUUGAUUACGAAAUUGUCAUCCCGAAGAAAGGAACGUUCGGAGAAAAAGACGAAUUUGGUAAUUGGAAUGGAGUUAUUGGCGACAUUGUCAGAGGAGAAACUGAUAUGGCUAUAGCGGCUUUAACAAUGACCGCAGAUCGCGAAGAAGUCGUUGAUUUCAUUGCUCCUUACUUUGAACAAGUCGGAAUUACUAUUGUAAUGAGAAAACCGGUGAGAAAAACAUCGCUAUUUAAGUUUAUGACCGUGUUGAAAUUAGAAGUUUGGUUGAGCAUUGUGGGAGCGUUGGUGGUGACUGGUUUCAUGGUUUGGUUUUUGGAUAAAUACUCUCCCUAUAGUUCAAGAAAUAACAAAGCCGCUUAUCCUUAUCCUUGCAGACAAUUCAAUCUAAAAGAAAGCUUUUGGUUUGCCUUAACUUCAUUCACACCUCAAGGAGGAGGAGAGGCUCCAAAAGCUUUAUCAGGACGUACUUUGGUAGCAUCAUAUUGGUUGUUUGUGGUUUUGAUGUUAGCCACAUUUACAGCUAAUUUGGCGGCGUUUCUUACGGUUGAGAGGAUGCAGACGCCGGUGCAAUCUUUGGAACAACUUGCCAGGCAAUCGCGUAUCAACUAUACGGUUGUGGAAAGUUCAGAGACCCACAAAUAUUUUAUCAAUAUGAAAUUCGCAGAAGACACACUUUAUAGAUUAUGGAAGGAAUUAACUUUAAAUGCGUCCACAGAUGAUACAAGAUAUCGAGUCUGGGAUUAUCCAAUUAGGGAAAUGUAUGGCCAAAUAUUGAUAUCUAUCAAUGAUUCAAUGCCUUUGCCCACAGCAAAAGCAGGUUUUGAUAAAGUCGAUGAGCUUUUAGAAGCAGAUUUCGCUUUCAUCCAUGACUCGUCUGAAAUUAAGUAUGAAAUUUCGAGAAACUGCAAUUUCACUGAAGUCGGGGAGGUCUUCGCUGAAAAACCAUAUGCAAUAGCAAUUCAACAAGGCGGUCAUUUACAAGAUGCUAUAAGCAUAGUUAUGUUAGACUUGCAAAGGGAACGUUUCUUCGAAUCUUUACAAGCAAAAUACUGGAAUCAUUCUGUUAAAGGAGAAUGCGACAAUGCUGAUGACAAUGAAGGAAUUACUUUACAGAGUUUAGGUGGUGUUUUUAUCGCUACAUUGUUCGGCCUUGCAUUAGCAAUGAUAACAUUGGCGGGAGAGGUUUUCUAUUAUAGACAUAAGAAGUCGCAGGACGAAGUAAAAAAAUUAACGAAAGUUGAGAAGAAACAAGAUCCGGAGAAACCCGAAUCUAACAAGUUCAUUAAGACUAUGCCCGAUGGUGGAACAAUUACAAUUGGGGAGUCCUUCAAGCCAACAACUAUGGAGAAGAUGAGAGUCUCACAUAUUGCUCUUUAUCCUAGAACUAGAGGACGCUUACCAAAUGUUGAUGCAUAAAUUAAAUAUGUCAUAUAACUAAAAAAUAUUCUAUGAUUCUACAUGAUUAGUUAUGCACUUAUUAAAGCACUAAAUACUAAAAUAUAAAAAUGUU